AUGGAGGGAAGUUGUAAAGCCUUAAUAAUAGUUAGUAUUGUAGCGCAUCUUAUAGUGGUAGCAAAUGGUGAAAAUGCUACCUUAAUAUUGCUAAUAAACCAAACAUGCAAGCAAACAAAUAACUACGAUCUUUGUGUUACAACAUUAAACUCAGAUCCUAAGACGGGUAAUGCAAAAGAUAUGAGAGACCUAGCCACCAUCAUGGUGUCCCAUGUUGACGACGAGGCAAGCAAAACCAGAGAUCACAUCUCCGGUCUCCUAAAGAAUCGAACGAUAGAUAAACCGACGAAGAAACUCCUCAAAGCUUGCAUUGAUAGGUAUAACAUAAUCAUAAUAAAUUGGCUUAAAGAAGUACGAGAAGGUUUGUCCUAUAGAGACUAUGGCUUUGCUCGAGAUUCCAUGGCCGCGGUACCAACAAAUGUGGAGUUGUGUGAGAGGAGCUUCGAGGCACCAAUUAAGUCUCCCAUAUCUGCUGAUAGCAAAGCUAUGGAUGACCUUUCCAAUGUUGCUUAUGAUAUUGUGUUUUAUAUGUUUACGCACCCCUCUCCCCCUCUCUAA